CUUUUGCCACAAAUGUUUUGCCAGUCAGGCUAGGCUGACUGAGAUUUUGCUGCUCCGCAUGACGCGCAUUUCCAUCGAAGAUACCGAAAUACACUAGUGGAAAAAGUACUUGAGAGAUGAAUCUUUAAAGUUCAGCACUUUUCUAAAUUCGUAUUACUUCGUGUGUGCCACCGCGAGAGGAAAAAAUCAAAAAGAAAAUCAUUAUAAUUAUAGGAAAAACCACCAAGUGUCAAAUGAGUGAAGCGUGAAAAAUGUUCGAAGAAUAUAAUCACAGAAAUCUGAAAUAAAUUUACAAAAAUAUUUGUAUUCGAAACGAGCUGCAGAUAAUAUUUCCCGCCCAAAGGAAAUUAAACGAAAAUUCAAAUAAAAUAUAAAUUCAAAGAGAGAUUUCAAACCGAAUCGAUCCGAUCGUCGUGUCGUGCGAGAGAGUGCGUGCAAAGUGUAUUCCAGCAAUUAUCCCACGUGUUCCGAUCCGGCCGCCAAAAUUAUUACGCACAAUUCCCUGAGCGUGUACGGCGGCGGCGUCAUGUGCGCCUCCCCGUCCACGGCUCCCGGUUUCUUCAAUCCGCGGCCCCAGUCCGGAGCCGAGCUCUCGGCCUUCGAUCUGGGACUGUCCCGGUCGAUGGGGCUGGGCGUGCCGCCACAUACGCCCUGGCACGACCCCAAUCUGGGCAGCCACCUCCAUGCCACAUCCGCGGGUCCGGGCGGUUCGCUGGCCGGCACCACCGGCACCAGCACUGGCGGCGGUGGGACCACACCCAGCAGCGUGGCCAGCCAACAGUCGGCGGUGAUCAAGCAGGAUCUCUCCGGCCUGUCCUCAUCCACGGCGAACCACAACCAAAGCUCCCAUCACGGCAUCAAGGAGGAUCUCUCCAGCCUGCCCAGCGCCAACGGAGGCUCCUCGUCGGGCCAUCAUUCCAGUGGCGUGCAGUCGGGCCAUGGCACCGAUAUGCUGCCCAUCAUCAAGGGCCAGCCCGCCAGCUGCGGUGGAGGAGGGGGUGGGGGCAGUGGCGGCGGAGGCGGCAGCACCACUCCCAGUUCCCAGGCCAACAGCUCCCACUCGCAGAGCAGCAACAGUGGCUCCCAGAUCGACUCUAAGCAGAACAUCGAGUGCGUUGUGUGCGGCGACAAGAGCUCCGGCAAGCACUACGGACAAUUUACCUGUGAAGGCUGCAAAUCAUUCUUCAAACGCUCUGUGCGACGCAAUCUCACCUACUCGUGUCGCGGCAGUCGAAACUGUCCCAUAGAUCAACAUCAUCGCAAUCAAUGUCAAUAUUGCCGAUUGAAAAAGUGUCUCAAAAUGGGCAUGAGACGCGAAGCUGUUCAACGGGGACGCGUACCACCCACACAGCCUGGUCUGGCAGGCAUGCAUGGCCAGUACCAGAUCGCCAAUGGAGAUCCCAUGGGCAUUGCCGGCUUCAAUGGUCACUCGUACCUCAGUUCCUACAUCUCGCUGCUGCUGCGAGCGGAGCCAUAUCCCACGUCCCGCUACGGCCAGUGCAUGCAACCGAACAACAUUAUGGGCAUCGACAAUAUCUGCGAGCUGGCCGCGAGGCUGCUCUUCUCCGCCGUUGAAUGGGCCAAGAAUAUACCCUUCUUCCCCGAGCUGCAGGUCACCGACCAGGUGGCCCUGCUCCGCCUAGUCUGGUCGGAGCUGUUUGUGCUGAAUGCCAGCCAGUGCUCGAUGCCACUGCAUGUGGCACCACUGCUGGCGGCGGCGGGUCUGCACGCCUCUCCCAUGGCAGCGGAUCGGGUGGUGGCCUUCAUGGACCACAUACGCAUCUUCCAGGAGCAGGUGGAGAAGCUGAAGGCGCUGCAUGUGGACUCUGCCGAGUACUCCUGCCUCAAGGCGAUCGUUCUGUUCACCACCGGUAAGUUGCUGGACAUCCUCUACAAGGAUGUGCCCGCACUGCUAACGAAAGUUUCAGCUCUGCUCGGAAAGCCGUCGAGCUCCUCCACCAACGACGAUAUCCUCAAUAUAGUGCGUGACCAUCUCGAUGAGCUGAAUCGCCAGGAGAUGGAGUCGCAGGCUCCCACCCAGGCGCCCAUCCACUUGGCGGCUUUCAUGAAGAGUGUGGCCGGCGUUGAGGCUGCAGUGCAGCAGGCGGAGCAGCACCAGCAGCAGCAGCAGGUGCAGCAGCAACAGCAGUUGCAGGCUGAGAGCAAACCCUCUCCCAUCUGUUCCUCUGCGGCUGUGGUGCAAUCCGCCGGCAGUGCCUUCAGCAGCUGCGCCAAGUCCACUGCCAGUGCCUCCGAGAUGGAUCUCCUGGCCAGUCUCUAUGCCCAGGCGCAGGGUGCGACCUCGAAUGGGGACUCUUCCGGCCACAAUAACAGCAGCGGUCUGGGCGCCUCGCUUCCUACUCAAUCGCAAAGCGGUUCGUCGUCCCUCAACCUAACCGCCUCGCCGCUGAGUACUUCGCUGGCCCCCGUCCCUGCCCCAGUUGCAGCCCCCGUCUCCGUGUCCGCUCCUUCCUCUCUUUCAAUCCCCACUUCGGUGGCUGCCACCACCACGGCCGCCUCUUCGCUGGGUGGAGCCUAUCAGACGUCGUCCGCUGCGGCGGCGGCUGCUGCCAUGUUCCACUAUCAGACGCCGCCGCGUGCCCCCUUCGGAUCGGCCUUCGAUAUGUUCCAUCACAGCACGCCCUUCGGGGUGGGGGUGGGGGGUAUGGCACAUGGCCAUGGCAGCGGAUCCUUCGGUAGUCCCACCUAUAGGUACUCUCCCUAUAGCCUGGCGGGCAGUAGAUGGCAGUUGUAGGCCGUUGUUUGUCGCUAGAAUCUCAUCCCGCCUCAGUCGUAUAGCUCUACCUGUAAAUGUAUCUGUAUCCAUGUCUAUAGCUAGUAUAGCACAUACGUGUAUCUAAAGCUACUUUAGUCGCUGUCUAAGUAUUUAUUGCCUUACACUAAGUCUAAAUUAUUAUAGCCG